GCAGCCCCAGAGCUGCCCGCAGAAGCUGAGCAGAGCAGAAGUACAGCCACAGCCAUGAAGCCGCCAGUGCUUCUUCUCGUCUGCGCCACCAUUCUCCUCUCGACCAGCGGCAGUCCAGUCGCUCCAGCUGACCCCAUCCAAAUCCAGAGGGAUUUCGAUGAAGCGAGAGUCUACGGGAAGUGGUACGCCAUCGCGCUCGGCACAACCUGCAAGUGGUUGAAGAAAUAUAAGGAGCACUACCUGAUGGGGACGCUGAUGGUGGCUCCAGGGGACACCAGCAACGAGCUCUCGGUCACCUCCACGAGGCUACGGCAAGGCACCUGCAGCCAAGCGGUUGGAGUUUACCAGAAGAGCAGCACCCCCGGGAAAUACCAUUACUACAAUUCUAGAUGGGAAACCCACAGUGAGGGCUACGUGGCUCGCACCAACUACGAUGAGUAUGCCUUCCUCGCCUGGAAGAAGAACAGCAGCUACGGCUACACCGUCACCACCCAACUUUAUGGGAGGAGCCCCCACCUGCCCCAGGACCUGAUAGAGGCGUUCAGAGAGUUCUCGGUGACACUGGGCAUUCCCCAGGACUCCAUCUUCACACUGACGGAAACAGGGGAGUGCGUCCCCCCCCAGCCAGAACUCAACGUGCAGAGAGACCGGAGGAGCACCUGGGAUGAGGAAGCAGGCUCUGCCGAUGGUUCCCCAUCAUUUGGUGGGGGCAACAGGGAAGAUUUCUGCCUGCAGCCCAAGGACGCCGGCCCCUGCCUGGGGAUGGAGCUGCGCUACUUCUACAACACCACAUCCCAGAACUGCGAGAGAUUCUUCUAUGGCGGCUGCCGGGGAAACCAAAACAACUUUCCCUCGGAGCGCGGCUGCCUGCAGACCUGCCGGACGGAGGCCGCCUGCCGGCUGCCCAUCAUCCCAGGAGAGCCCUGCAAGGACACGUUUUGGGCCUUCGAUGCCAAGCAGGGCAAGUGCCUCACCUUCCGGGGCUGCGGAGGCAACGCCAACAAGUUCUACCUGGAGAAGGAGUGCCAGGAGUACUGUGGCCUCCUCCCCAGCGACGGGGAGGAGUUCUUGCGCCCGUCUGCCCUGUGAGAGGCCAGCAAGCGAGAGGAGGAAGCAAGAGGACCAGCCCCAUUUUCAAAGCCGGCUUCCUGCUGGCAUCAAUAAACGCAGCUGCUGGACCAAA